AUGGUAUACUGGUGGAUAAAAAAAAGAAAACAAUCUGACCCUAAAUAUCAUGAAAAACUUGCUUAUCAUGUUAAGGAUCUUAUUUUAGGUGGUGAUAACAAAUCCCAUGAUAGAAGACGAAAACGUGUCGUUAAAGCACUACAAAAUGAUGUAACUGCGAAGGGAAUGAUUACAGUUUUGAAAUCAAUGCCCGAUCCUGAUUUACCCACCACUGAAGUUGUAAUUAUUGAUAAUGUCCCUCAAGUUCCUUUACCCGAGAAACUGGAUGAAUCUUCCAAAGAAUACCCUAAAGAGGUGAUCGGUGGCAGCUUAAGUAGUGUAAAAUUAAUUAAACCUCCCUUAGAUCGCAUCUCUUGCUAUCUUUAUUGGUGGGGUUACGAAAUUUAUGUCCCUCAACAUUCCAUGGGUCGCUUAGAUCAAGCACAAAGUGUUAGCAGCGCUUUCUUGUUCUUCUUACAAACAAUAGUCGGAAAUUCUUCUCCGAUAUCUCCUUAUUUUGGAUUUAUUUCUGCUUGGGUCGGAUUGCAAUUUUCCAUUAUCAAAACCCAAAAUGCUGGAAAUGGUGUUAUUAUUGCGGCAACUUGGUAA